AUGGCCCAGAGCGUGCUCUACGCCGACCUGAGAUUCGCCAAGGGGCCAGGGGGCCACGGCACAACCAGCCAGGUGCUGGAGGCAGCCAGCAUGGACGACACAGACAGCCCCUAUGAGAACGUUGUUCCGGGAUCAGCACCUGUGGGGACAGCAGGGGAAGGGACCCAGCACAGCCCAGGGCACUGGUCCCGGCGGUGCUGUGUCCCUGCGGGGCUUCUGGCAGUCAGCCUGCUGCUGUUGGUGGCCCUGGUGACCCUGGGGACCUGCUACUGGCAGGUGAACCACCAGCUGCAGAACGUAUCCAGGGAGCAGGCCACUGAGCGCGGCCACUUCUCACAGGAGGCACAGGUGUGGAAGCAGAGCCUGAGGCAGACACAGCAGGAGCUGGCAUGGGUGCAAGAGGAGCUGCAGCAAGCAUGGCAGGCGGCCCACCGCAGUCAGCAGGAGCUGGCCAGGCAGGAUGUCGAGCUGGUGCGUGUCUCAGGGGCCCUGAAUGCAACCCAGAAGGAGCUACAGGACGUGCAGGGGAAGCUCAGUGCCAUCGAGCAAGCAGCGAGCAGCCUGCGUGUCUGCCUGAAUGCAGACUGCUGCCCCUCGGGCUGGCUGCUCUACCGUGGCAAGUGUCUCUUCAUCUCGGCGGUGAAGAAGAGCUGGUGGGACAGCCGUAGGGAUUGUGUGAAGAAGUCUUCCCAUCUGCUGAUCCAAGAUGAAUGGGAGUCGUGGAUGCUGCCGAAUUUUCUCCAAGCAAACAGUGCCAGGUACUGGAUCAAGAGAAAAGAGUUUCACCGUGCAAAGAGGUAUGAUUACAGUGAAGAUUGUGCACUGUUAGUAGCCGGGAAAAUGCAGAGCUUAUCAUGCUGGAUGCUUUACCCAUGGAUCUGUGAGCAGCCCCCAAAGCUGAGCAGCGUGACCGAGAGCCUCACUCCUCUCCUGACCAAGGACUGA